AUGGUCCUGCGCUGCUCCAUCCUCGCCGCCGUCGUCGCCGCCGCCGUCGACGCGGUCUACAGACGGGAAAAGCUCUACCGGCGGAGCACCUACGCCUUCGCCUUCGACGACCCGGACACGCGCAAGUACGCGCGCUACCUCGCGCGCGACAGCGGCUCGGCCCCGGCGAACUUCUCGGCCGCCGCGUGGGCCGCGGCCUACGGCGCCGCGGCGUCCGCCGUGCGCCGCUGCGACACGCAAGAGAUGACUACGUUGUACGUCGGCCGGAAGGCGUCGGCCUGCGGCAACGGCGCGAACCGGGCCUGCAAGCGCGGCUUCGGCCUCUCGGCGGCCGGCGCGUUCGCCGCGUGCGACGGCGGCCAUUUCUGCGCCGAGGACGCGGUCUGCGCCGUCGCCUGCCCCACGGGCGCGGCCUGCCCCCCGUCCGUCGCCCAGGACGGGGCCUGCGCCUUCCCGAGCGCGCUGGAAAAGACGACGUCGCCGACGAACGGCCUCUGCCCGGGGUCGUCCGCGGUGCACCCGUGCCCGUCCGGCUUCUCGUGCCCCGACGCGACGACGCGCCUCCCGUGCCCGGCGCACCACUUCUGCCCCAAGGGCUCCGCCCGGCCGAAGCGGUGCAGCGCCUUCGCGCGGUGCGCCUCCGAGCGCGCGGCGCGCCAGGACUUCUCCGGCGCGUCGCAGCGCCUCGCGCUCGCGUCGCUGGUGCUCGUCGUCGUCGUCGUCCGCGUGAGCCGCCUGCUCCAGAGCUUCCUCGCCUUUCUCCGGCGGCACCGGUCGCGCAAACGGCGCGCGUUCCGCGCCGCGCCCGUCGCGGACGCGGCGUCGGACGACGACGACGGCGACGACGACGCCUGGGGCGUCAUCGAGGUCGACGGGACGGCGGACCUCGACGCCUACGACGCGCUCGUCGACCCCGUGGACUCCAUGGACGUCGCUUUAGAGGCGGAGGUCUUCGGCGACGACGCGACGGCCUGGGAGGAGUUGCCGCUGGCCGUGCCCGCCAGGGCAGCAAAAGAGAGCGAAAUUCCCAACUUCAAAGGCUCAUAUCUCGGCCGUUUUCCACUCGUGCCCGCGGACGCGCGGUUCGUGCACGGCGUCGUGUCGCGCGGCGCGGCGCCGCGGCCGCGGCCGCCGCCGGAGGACCUCGCGCCGGCGUUUCGCCCGCGCGAGGCCGACGAGCGCGUGGACCUCACGUUCCGCAACCUGGGCCUGCGCCUCGCGUCGGGCGCGCGCGUCCUCGGCGGCGUCGCGGGCGCCGCGAGGAGCGCCGAGCUCACGGCCGUGCUCGGCCCGUCCGGCGCGGGGAAGAGCACGUUCCUGGCCCUGCUGGCGGGCAGGCGCCUCGGGUCGGGCUGGCGCACGGGGUCCGUGCGCGUCAACGGGCGCCGGGGCGGCGUCGAGCGCUGGUGCGCGGACCGGAGCGCCUUCGUGCACCAGGCGGACGCGCUCAAGGCGCGGCUCACGGUCUGGGAGACGCUCUACUUCUCGAGCUGCCUGCGGCUGCCCGCGGCGCACCGGCGGCGGCGGGACCUCGUCGAGGACGUGCUCGAGGCGCUGGACCUGUCGCGGCGGAAGCACGCGCUGCUCGGCGACGGCGCCGCGGCGCGCGGCGUCUCCGGCGGCCAGCGGCGCCGCGUCUCCGUGGGCGUGGAGCUCGUCGCGGAGCCGAGCCUGUUAUUUUUGGACGAACCGACGUCCGGCCUCGACUCGGCGACGGCGCUGCGGCUCGCGAGGACGCUCCACGCGCUCGCGGCCCAGAAGAACGUCGCCGUCGUCGCCGUGCUCCACGCGCCGUCGAGCGCCGCCUUCGCCCUCUUCGACCGGCUCCUCCUGCUCGGCCGGGGCGGCACGGCCUUCGAGGGCAAGCCCGGCGACGCGCUGCCCUACCUGCGGAGCGUGCGGCCAAUCGACGCGUCGCACGCGAACCCGGCGGACGCCGUCGUCGCCGUCGUCGCCGGCGACGACAAGCUCGCGUCGCUCUGGCGGGCGCCCCCGCUUCCGGAGACCCGGGCGCCGCCGCCGCGGCGCCGGCGCGCGCGGCCGGCGUUUCCCGCCGCGGUCCGGAUCCUCGCGAGCCGCUACGCCGUCGAGCGGUCGCGGCGGCUGGGCGAGCUCUUCAGCGACUGCGUCGUCGAGGCGCUCGCGGGCGCGCUCGUCGCGUCGACGUACUCGGAGUACGCCUUCGGGGAUCUGCCGUCGAUGAACUUCAUGACGUCGCUGGGUCUCGUGUUCACGGUCGCGCUCGCGGCGCUGCCCUGCUUCGGCGGCGAGCGCUCCGGCCUCGACCGCGAGGCGUCGCCCGCGGGCGCGGAUCUCGACCUGGCGGCCUAUUUCCUCGCCGUGGACCUCGUGGAAUUGCCGCGGCUCGCCCUGCUAACGGCGGCGUUCCUGUCCGUCUACUACCCGCUGACGGCCCCGCUCACGCGGCCGGUCGUCUUCUUCGGCGUCUGCGCGGCCUGCGCCUACGCCGCGGCGGGCGUCGGCUACCUCGCGUCGACGGUUUUUUUACGGGAGUCGAAGGCGCAGCUCGCGGCGACGGUCUUCGUGCUCGUGGCCUCCAUGUUCGCGGGCGUGGUCCCGACGCUCGACGAUCUGGCUUCCAUGUCGCCCCUUUUGGUGGGGCUGCCCUGGGCGUCGCCGAACCGCUGGCUCUGCGAGGCGCUUUAUGUUUUGCAGGCGCGGCACUUCUCGGACGCGUGGAAGAUGCCCGUGACUUUUAUCGACGACCCGAACCGCCACUCGGCGCUCGCGGGACUUCACGCGUUCCACUACGCGGACGACGGGCUCGUCUUGGACGUGGCGCUUCUACUGGUCAUCGGCGUCGCCUUGCGGCUCGGCGCGCUCGGCGCGCUCUUGGGGCUCCACCGCGAGCGGCGCGACCGCGCGUCGCUGCCCAAGGCGCUGUGCCUGGCCGGGGUCGUGGCGCCGCUCGCGCGGGCCGUCGACGCGCUGGGGCGGACGCCGGCGCUGGCGCUCGCGGUCUUCGGCGUCUUUUGCAUGGUCGCCGCGGGGCUCGUGCCUUCCCGCGCCUCGGCGGCCGGCCGUCGGUCGCCGACGAUGGCCGAGUCGGAGCGGCUCAUGGAGGUCACCGAUGACGACGAGCGGCCGGCGCGGCAAACCCCGAAAAAGAGCCGGUCCGUGGUCCUCGCGGCCGUCGCGGCGACGUGCCUCGUCGGCAUCGCGUCCGUCGGCCUCGCCGCCCGCGGCCGGGCGCCGGAGGCGCUCGACGAGGAGGCGGGCCCGUCGGCGGCGCACGUGGCACGCUUCGCCGACGACGGCCGGCCCGACAUCGUCCUCGUGUUCAUGGACGACGUCGGACUGAACGACCUCUGGCGGUCGACGGACCUCCCGAAGCCGACGGAGAUGUCGAAGCUCGUGCGCGACGGCGUCGAGCUGACGAGCUACUACGGCCAGUCGCUCUGCUCGCCGGCGCGGGCGACGCUCAUGACGGGCAAGUUCGCCCACAAGAUCGGCUUCAGCGACCAGCAGGGCGGCGUCCGCGAGGUCACGGCCUACUCGAACUUCUCCGUGCCCCUGGGCCACGACAUGCUGCCCCAGGGCAUGAAGCGCCUGGGCUACCAGACCCACGCCAUCGGCAAGUGGAACAUCGGCCACUGCAACGUCAAGUACAUGCCGUGGCAGCGCGGCUUCGACACGUUCGUCGGCUACUUCACGGACGGCAUCGGCUACACGGACCACGUCUCGGACACGGCGAACACCUACACCGUCAACGACGGCGGCCUCGCGUUCAACGGCUCCGAGUACGAGGGCACGUACACGACCGCGCUCUUCACGGAGCGCGCGGAGAAGGUGCUCCACGACGCCCCCGAGGACGCGCCCCUGUUCAUGUGGCUCGCCUACCACGGCAUGCACGACAACGACGGCGUCACGGACGCGGACACGUGCGCGCAGACGGGCGACGACGACGACGACGCGAUCUUCAUGGAGCGGGGCCACCUGCCCUUCGCGCGCUUCAACUUUGGCUGCGGGCUGCGCGCCAUCGACCGGGGCGUGGGCCAGGUGCGGACGGCGCUCGACGACCGCGCGCGGGACUACGUGCUCGUCGUGACCUCGGACAACGGCGGCUUCGCGUGCGGCUACCACUGCCAGGGCUCCAACUACCCCUACCGGGGCGCCAAGUUCUACGAGUUCGAGGGCGGGUUGCGGCUGCCCGGCGUCGUCUACUCGCCGAGCCGCGUCCCCGCGCGGCGCCGCGGCGCGGCCUACGACGGUCUGAUGCACCACGUGGACUGGUUCGGAACCUUCGUCCACCUCGGCGGCGGCGACGUCGCGGCGCUGACGACCUUCGACAGCUCCUUCGACACGAUGAACCACUGGCCCCAGAUCGCCGGGAGCGCCGGCGCCGGGUCCGCGGGGAGAGAGACCAUCAUCUUCGCGGCGUCCGACUCGACCGCGUCGAUCCGCUCGGGCGCCUACAAGUACACGUACAACGCCGUGAACGUGACCUGGUUCAUGCCGUCCUUCAACGGGACCAUCGACUCGGACCCGGCCCGCUGCGACGGGUCGUCGCCGGCGACGCAGCUCUUCGACGUCAAGGAGGACCCGCGCGAGGAGAUCGACCUCGCGACGGACCCGGACUACAAAACGGUCCUCGAGGACAUGAACGCGCUCUGGGAGGACGCCCUCGGCCACUUCUGGGUGCCCACGUUCCCCUUCGCGAGCGACGACGCGCUCGAGGCGCCCCAGGUCGCGUUCCAUCAGGCGGGCGGCUACGUGACCCACUGGGGGUGCACGCCUUCGGAGCGGGACGAGUGA